AUGGGUACUGCGUCUGGAGGUGCUGAGCCUUCGCGUGCUGAGUCUGGCGGUGCUCUAGGGGUCCCGUCGCGGCGGGAGCCGCUCUCUCCACAGCAGCUUUGUGAGUGGUACUCUCGGCGCUGUCGAGGUGCUGCUGGUGCUGGAGGUGCUGCUAGGGCUGCUGGUGGUGCUACUGGUGCUGGAGCUGCUGCUGGAGGUGCUACUGGUGCUGGAGGUGCUGCUAGGGCUACUGGUGGUGCUAGUGGUGCUGCUGGAGCUGCUGGUGCUGCUGGAGCUGCUGGAGGUGCUGGUGCUGCUGGAGCUGCUGGAGGUACUCCUGGUGCUGGAGAUGUUGCUGGUGCUGGAGCUACUGCUGGAGCUGCUGGAGGUGCUGGUACUGCUGGAGCUGCUGGAGGCGCUGCUGGUGCUGGAGGUGCUGCUAGGGCUGCUGGUGGUGCUCCUGGUGCUGGAGGUGUUGCUGGUGCUGGAGCUGCUGCUGGAGCUGUUGGAGGUGCUGGUGCUGCUGGAGCUGCUGGAGGUGCUGCUGGUGCUGGAGGUGCUGCUGGAGCUGCUGGCGGUGAUACUGGUGCUGGAGGAGCUGCUGGAGGCGCUGCGCGGCCGCGGCCGUACUACGUUCCUCUACUUCAGCAGGUUCUUGGUUCCCCGCCUUCUCCCGGUCCUCCUCCUCCUUUCCUGAGCCCACCGCCUGUCCAGUCCCGGUCGCAGUUACAGCCGGCCUCUCCACUACCUGGUCCUUCUCCUUACUCUGGACCGACUAGAGGGUGA